CCAGAGUGUAGAGUAAACAUCGGACACCUCCUUCCAAAGUCCCCAUUCCUUCAUUCUGAUUGACCUUUCUCCCAUUUUUGCGCCUGCGCCCUCCAACCUCCAGUAUUCUUUCCCUCCAGCGUCCGACCGACUCCUCGCGUAACUGAAAUCCCCAGACUGCCCGCUUCGCGACACUCCGAGUCGUCCUUGGAACUCAGGCGGUCAUCGGGGCUGACCUGGUCCCGCCAAUUGUUCGAGCUUCCCCUUGCUCAGUCCCCCGUGUCCCGGCUGCACCGACAACAGACCAGAGCAUCAUCCUAGUCACCGUUCGCUCCCGCCCUUGAUCGCCCUCUCCUGCCUCGUAGCCCUACGACUUGUGCAGUGCUUCUCGUCGCGCAUCUUGCCCACUACAAUAAUCCUUUGCGACCUUCGAGCGACAUCCUACGACGAGAUCCGACCCGAUUGGCGCACUGUUGUGUCCCAGGCAAAUCAACCAACCCAUGCGACCCUCGUUCGCCUGCACUGCCGUCUGAAAUAGAACCACCUCGCCCCUUCGCACGACUCAAGUUACGUACGCCAUGGCCGACCGCGAUCAUGACGAGCACGAGGGAUCUGUGGACCCCGAACUCCUAUACACCAAGGAAUUUUGUAUAGGUUGGUUCACCGAGCGUCCAAUACGCCCAUGGCCCUCGGCGCCAUUCAAGCGGCGGUUGCUGACCAGUAGACCGUGAUUUGCAGGUGGAGGUAGUUUCGGCAAGGUCUUCAAAGGUGUCGACAAACGGAGUGGCCAGGCAGUAGCUAUCAAGGUUAUCGACAUUGAAAGCGCCGAGGACGAAGUAGAAGACAUUAUCCAGGAGAUCGCCAUCCUUUCCGAGCUACAGUCGCCCUACGUUACCAAAUACUAUGGUUCUUACGCCAAAGGCGCCGAGCUAUGGAUCGUCAUGGAGUUUUGCUCGGGGGGCAGCUGUGCCGAUUUGAUGAAGCCCGGUCUGAUUGGGGAAGACUACAUCGCCAUCAUCGUUCGUGAACUGCUGCUGGGACUGGACUAUUUACACCAAGACAAGAAGCUACACCGCGAUGUCAAAGCUGCCAACAUCCUCCUUGCUGCCAAUGGCCAGGUCAAGCUAGCUGAUUUUGGUGUUUCCGGUCAGCUAUCCGCGACCAUGACCAAGAAAAACACAUUUGUCGGCACCCCAUUCUGGAUGGCCCCCGAGGUAAUCAAGCAAAGCGGCUACGAUCACAAGGCUGACAUCUGGUCGUUGGGUAUCACGGCCCUUGAGCUCGCCAAAGGAGAGCCACCCUAUGCCGAUAUCCAUCCCAUGAAGGUGCUCUUUCUGAUUCCCAAGAACCCGCCCCCACGCCUGGAAGGCAACUUCAGCAAGGGAUUCAAGGACUUCAUCGAGUUGUGCUUGCAGCGUGACCCCAAGGAAAGGCCAACGGCAAGAGAACUUCUCAAGCAUCCCUUCAUUCGGCGGGCAAAGAAGACGAGCUAUCUGACGGAGCUCAUUGAGCGUUACAACCGGUGGGCAGCUACGCACAAGCAAGAUGACGAAGAGUACCAUGAGCCCGAGGAGAACAACUAUGUUGAGCAACGGAAGCAUAUCAAUGAGGACAUGUGGGACUUUGGCACAGUGCGGCUGGUUAGUGACCGCGGCGGUGUUGUUCACAGGCCCGGCAUGUUGAACCCGAUGGACGAGUCGACACUCAAUGCGAGAUCUUCGAGAGCUAAUGAGAGCGCGGAUAACCGGGACGACUGGAGGAGAGAAUCUAGCCAGACGACAUCCAAACUUGCAGUUGACACCAGUGGGACGGGCACCGCGAGGCAAGCAUCCCCUGCGAGGAAACCUGUAGGAACGCCGAGCACAGCGAUGCCGCCGCCUCCGACCAGAGUCCUUGUGCCUAGUUCGCCUGUCAAGCAGCAGAUACAACAACUAGAGCAACAGCAGCAUCAAUCGAGGGAAUCCGCAACGCCCCGCACAUCACUAGCCAGGCCGGUCGCACACACACCAUUAGGCAGUUCUCCAGAUUACGAUCGUGUGCUUCAGGAACAGUUACGACGGGAUAUCGGGGGUAUGAACCUCGGACCGGCUAUCCAGAACAGCACACAGCCACAAUCAGCAUUCUCUCCAUCACAGUACAGCCAACAAGCUACGUCUUCAUCGUCAAGAACGGCUGCUGGACCCAUGAAGUUGCCCGAGAUUCCCCCAUACAGAGGAGGACAACAGCAACAGCAACAAUCCCCUCAAAAGCUUACCAACCAGCAAACAAGUCAGCAAGCACCAAACACCAGCAAACCUUUCCAGCAGCAGCAACAGCCUCCCCUCUACCAUCAACCUUCGCGUGAAUCACUUUACCGGCAGCAACAGCAGCAGCAACCACAGCAGCAACAGCGUCAGCUAAAUCACCAACCAUCGCGCGAGCAAGUGUACCAACAACAUCAGAGACAGCAGUCACAACCUACAAUGCUCUAUCAUCAACCUUCGCGCGAGUCAUUGUACCAACAGCAGCAGCAACAACAACAGCAUCAACGACGAGAUUCACAGUAUCAGCAGUCCUCUGGACAGUAUCAACCUAAGAGGUCAAGCUACCAUCAGAGUCAAGGGCUGAGCCCCCUAACAUCAAAGGAGAUGCCACGCUCGUCGCCAUCAGGGAGCCGCAUAGUCUCCACCUCAUCCAACCAUGGCGGAGCCAGUACACCGUCCUCGUCAUCAACAUCACUGGCGUUUCCUUCGCCUGAUCCGCCGAGUCCCAGCGGCGAGUUGGACGCCCUUAACGACGUGAUUUUCCCUGCACUAGAGGAGGCGCUCAAACGCCGACAAAUCAUGCUGCAGCAGACGUACCGGCCGGAACCGGGGUAUGCUCCAGCCCCGCCUACUCCGAAGCAGCAGCGUGCUGAGGCAGCCAACGAGAAGAUACGCAAGUUGGUGUAUAAGCUGGCACAUGUGUGCAAGGAGAUCGACCACUACGACAAGGCGGAGCCGGUGGGGAUGGGCAAGGAUGUGGGUGGGUUUCUGGAGGGACUGUUGGAGGAGAUCUUGGUGAGGGUCGAGCCGCUUGAUGUUUUGGGGGAGGAUGGGCAUGGUGGUUAGUGAAAUGAUGCGCGAGGGUUAGGGGUGAAGACAGGGAGCGGGCAUGUUUCUGGAGGGGAAAUAGAACUUAAUGUAUGACCGUCGACGACGAUACUAUGAUGUGUUAUGAUCAGCAUUGGACUGGGUUAGGGAAAACCAAGGCUUCCAUCAAGCCGUGUUACCUACUGUUAUUACCUUGAAAGCAUCCGUUAUGAAGGGUGUUUUUGAAUAGAGUACAGGACUGAGAUCUGUAAAUGGAACAUGGAUUACCAUCUGA